AUGGUUGACCGCCGCUCAGACCCGGAGGACGGUGUGCGAGCCAAGCGCCAGAAGAUGGACGCCGGCGACCCGAAGGAUAACCCGUACCUGGCCCACAUGUACGAGAAUACCAACGGCGCAGACAAGAACUCGGCCCUGGCCAAGUUUAAACGCCAUCAGACAACAGCGGCGCUGGCGAAGAAGGCCGAGGAUGGCGAUGUCAAUCCCUUCAAUGGCCAGCCCUUUUCCAGCAAAUACUUCUCCAUUCUGAAGACUCGUCGGGAUUUACCUGUGCAUGUGCAGCGUGAUGAGUUCUUGCAGCUCUAUCAGCAAUCUCAAAUCCUGGUCUUCGUUGGUGAGACCGGUUCCGGAAAGACCACCCAAAUUCCACAAUAUGUCCUCUUCGAUGACCUCCCUCAAACUCAACGCAAGAUGGUCGCUUGUACACAGCCCCGUCGUGUGGCUGCCAUGUCCGUCGCCCAACGUGUCGCGGAGGAAAUGGAUGUCAAGCUCGGGGAAGAAGUCGGUUACAGCAUUCGUUUCGAGGACAAAACAAGCCAGAGGACUAUCUUAAAGUACAUGACCGACGGUAUGCUCUUGCGAGAGGCCAUGCACGACCACAACCUCACCCGGUACAGCACAAUCAUCCUGGACGAGGCUCACGAAAGAACCAUGGCUACCGAUGUUCUGAUGGGUCUGCUGAAGGAAGUGGUGUUGCGCCGGCCGGACCUGAAGAUUAUUAUCAUGUCUGCCACUCUGGAUGCGCAAAAGUUCCAGCGGUACUUCAUGGAUGCGCCUCUUCUCGCUGUUCCUGGGCGUACCCACCCUGUCGAAGUAUUCUAUACCCCCGAGCCGGAACAAGACUACGUCGAGGCUGCCAUUCGAACUGUUCUGCAGAUUCAUGCGACUGAAGACGAAGGAGAUAUUCUUGUGUUCUUGACUGGUGAGGAGGAAAUUGAAGACGCUGCACGCAAAAUCUCAAUGGAGGGAGAUGAGAUGGUUCGGGAGGCCGAUGCUGGCCCUAUCAAGGUUUACCCGCUAUACGGCAGUCUGCCACCGCACAUGCAACAACGCAUCUUUGACCCUGCACCACCACCCAUUCGCAAGGGUGGCCGACCUGGUCGGAAGGUCAUCGUGUCCACCAACAUUGCUGAAACUUCUUUGACCAUUGAUGGUAUUGUGUACGUGGUUGAUCCCGGAUUCUCCAAGCAGAAGAUCUACAACCCUCGUAUUCGCGUGGAGUCUCUUCUGGUCUCGCCGAUUUCCAAGGCAUCUGCCCAGCAGCGAGCUGGUCGUGCUGGUCGUACACGCCCUGGAAAAUGCUUCCGUCUGUACACGGAGGAAGCUUUCAAGAAAGAGUUGAUUGAGCAGACAUAUCCCGAGAUUCUCCGGUCAAAUCUGUCGUCUACGGUGCUCGAGUUGAAGAAGCUUGGAAUUGACGAUCUUGUUCAUUUCGACCUUAUGGACCCACCCGCACCUGAGACCCUGAUGCGAGCUCUGGAGGAGCUCAACUACUUGGCCUGUUUGGAUGAUGAUGGCAACCUUACUCAACUUGGUCGUCUCGCUUCCGACUUUCCUCUCGACCCGGCACUUGCUGUCAUGUUGAUCAGCUCUCCAGAAUUUUACUGUUCCAACGAAAUUCUGUCCAUCACAGCCCUUCUCUCCGUUCCCCAGGUGUUCGUUCGCCCCAACUCUCAGCGCAAGCGUGCGGACGAAAUGAAGAACCUGUUCGCUCACCAAGACGGCGACCAUCUCACCAUGCUGAACGUUUACCACGCUUUUAAGAGCGCCGACGCCCAAGCAAACCCUAAGCAGUGGUGCCACGACCACUUCCUCUCGCUGCGAUCUCUUCAGUCCGCUGACAACGUUCGUAUGCAACUUCUGCGCAUCAUGGAGCGCUCUGAACUCGAGAUGAUCUCGACUCCUUUCGAGGACAAGAAGUACUAUGAGAACAUCCGACGUGCCCUUUGCGCUGGAUUCUUCAUGCAGGUUGCCAAGAAGGAUGCCCAGGGCAAGAGUGUCUACUUGACCGUCAAAGAUAACCAGAACGUUCUGCUGCAUCCUUCCACUGUACUAGCCCACGAUGCGGAGUGGGUCUUGUACAACGAGUUCGUCCUUACGACUAAGAACUAUAUCCGCACAGUGACUGCGGUUAAGCCCGAAUGGCUUUUGGACAUCGCGCCUACGUACUUCGACAUCGAUUCCUUCCCCAAGGGCGACAUGCGCUCUGCUCUUGUUCGUGCUGCGGAUAGACUCUCUCGCAAGGAGAAGAUGCGCGCUGAUAAGCGCCGUUAG